AACAGAAGACAUCAGAGUAGUGUCAUCAUCCGUCGAAUCAUCUAAGCAAAGUGAUCACAACCGAUCCAAGUGUGUGCCAUAGAAGUUCAGAGUCCUUAGUGAAGGAAGUAAUCAUGAAACUGUUCGUUGUUGCUGUUGCCCUAUUGGUGGCCCUUGUCCAUGCAGCGCCUCAAAGUCACCAAGACGCCGGAAGCCAGAUUCUGAGCCAAAAUUCGGACAUUCAACCCGAUGGAAGCUUCAACUAUGCAUUCGAAACCGAUAAUGGAAUCAAAGUUGAAGAUCAGGGAACCAUCAAGCGAGUGAAGGUGCCCAAGACUGACCAGACCGGCAGGACUAUCGGUGAAGACGAGGUUCCUGUGGCCGUUCAGACGGGUUCGUUCCAGUAUACUGCUCCCGAUGGCCAGGUCUACACAGUCAAGUAUAUCGCUGAUGAGAACGGUUUCCAGCCACAGGGUGCCCAUCUGCCGGUAGCUCCGACCGUCUAAACCGUUGAAAACCUAAU